AUGUGUGUUCUUCGCAACACUGUUGCUCACUAUUUCUUGGUGUCCAACCCAAAUUUUAUCUACCAUUUCUCGACCAUUGCUCGUAUCACCAUCGGUCUUGACAAAGCUGCAGGUCGCCUUGUUUACCAAAUCGGCGGUGUCUAUCCUCCACCAGGAGAGGCCCUUUCUUGCACUCCGGUUGUUCUGGAUGUGUCAUACCAGCUUCCUCAUGACGGCAUCUCCCUCUAUCAGAUGCCUCCGGAUCUUUUUGAGACCAACGGUGGCGCCAGGAUUGGGACUCCACCCCUUCCUCCUUCACAACCUACUGCCUCCGGCAGCAGACCAACUGGGUCCUACUCUCAACGUUCCCAUUCUGCGGCUAGAAAAUCUAGAUGGCCAAUCCCUCUGGCAGACAGGAUUGGGCCUAGACGGUCUAGAUCUCCCAGGGAUUUCCAAAGGAGCCCCCCUUGUUGUUUAUUCAGGUCAAGUCCCAACAGAGUUGGGCGUUCUCGGGGCUGUUCAAGUGAACGGCCUCUGAAUCCUCCUCAGACAGGUGGUGAAUCUCGUCACUUUUGUAACUACGAGAAACCUAUCCAAAGAGCACCAUUGACGGCACAUACGGCUCCCAGAUCCAAAGGGAAAGGUUUUCACAUCAUUGUCACCCCCCCUCCUUUGUCUUGCUACGAGUCAGAUUUCAAAGACCAGGACGAAAUGGUCUUACCAGUUCCCGGCUCUGAGAAACCUUGGUUUUUUGCCACUCCCAUCUCUGAGUUGGUGGACACAUCUGCCUCUCCUCUGGCCAAAUCUAUCCAGAGGUUGGUCACGGUUUGUAAGGCAGACAUUGAUCAUCAUGUUGACCAAUUCAACUGUUCUCCCAACAAACCGGCUAGUUGGCCCCCUUCUCUCACUAAAGAUAUCCUCAAAUACAAGUGCAUCAACUUGUAG